AUGGCCGUCCCUUUGCACCAAGUGAGCACGCUUCUCCCCAGCGAGCUACGCUUCAUCGCCGAGAACGAGAAGGUGACGGUGAUCCCGCAGUCGCUGAUGAAGAAAAUGCAGCUUGUCGACGGCAGCGUGCCCCUGCUACGCGCCAACCGACGCGUCGAGCUCCCGCUCUGGAUCGCUCUUAUCUUGAAGCUGAGGCAGAAGUGCCGCAUGGUGCCGCCGUCCUGGCUAUCGCUAGAGCUCUUGAAGUCGGUGUGUGAAGAAGAAAAAGCGCUGCCCCAGUUUUCCACGCGACUCCCUCCGAAUUGGCUUGAAAUCUCCAAGAUCUACCUCACGCGGGCCAGUGACGACUUACAGGAUCUGGUAACUCUGCUUCAUCAGAUUCUUCAGGAUAUUCGUGAUAUUCGUCUUCUCAAAGUCAACCAGGGUCUUGAACAGCUAAAUGAGUCCAAUUUCACGCUUACGGGGCUCUCGCUCAUGGAAGUGAACGAAAUGAGGCCGUUUGUGCUUCGUGUGAUGGACCAGCUCCGCAAGUUGAGUUCUACCAGGGAUGAAGGUGGGUUAGAACCUGAAGAACCCGUCGAUGAUGACGAUAUGGACGACUACUGA